GAAAACUACAGAAAACAGAUGAAUAAAUAUCAACAUCAAGUGUCAUAGUAGAUUUCCUGAUAUAAAUUUAAUUAUCAGUUGAAAGAAAUUUUUCAGUCAAAGUAAGGUAUCACCGACAUAUAUGAAUAAUGUAGGAGAAUGAGGCGCCAAUGUGAAACGUGGAACCUUGGCUCAUACUUAUCGUAAAUGAAACAAUAAAUAUUUUUAUUUAAUGGUGAUAUUGUCCAUACAGAAUUUAAUAACGAGUAGAUGUUGUUAAAUAGUUAAUAAGUUAUUUAUUUGAAAUGCCUUCAAGACGAAAUAAUGAAGGCCUUUUGGCCAGGGUUAACUUUCCUCUUUAUACAAUUCAGAUGUUGACUAAUAGACACGUUCUCGUUGGAGGUGGUGGAGGAUCAUCUAAAACAGGAGUAGCUAAUGGUUUCGAAAUAUUUGAAUUGUCUCACGAUGGUUCAAACUUUAUUGCUGAAGAAGUUACCAGACAUGAAACAGGGCCUAGUGUUGUCAUGAAUUGUGCCUCAUUUAAUAAUAGUAAAAAGACCUGGCUGGUCGCUGGUCAAGAAAGUCAUUGUCAAUUAUAUAAUGUUGUUCCAAGAGUUGUAGCAGUUGAAAAUGGGGAAGUUGUUGCAGGAGCAAAUUCCAACUUCAAAGAGAAUGACAACAGCUUACGGCAACGAAAAUUAAAUGAAAAAAAAGGAAAUUCUAGCUCCAAUUCCAACACGGAAAAAGUUGAGAACAUACGUGACAGUAAUUCCAAUAUAAAACACAAAAAAUUACAAUUAAUUCUUAAGCCUUCUACAAGUAUUCAAACGGAUUUUAGCGAACCAGAGCCACUGCAAAGAAUAGUUAGAGUAAGUUCUAAUGGCAAAGUGAUGGCAACUGGAGGAUUGGAUGGAGUUAUACGGUUAUGGAAAUUUCCUCAAUUCGAGAAGAUGUAUGAUUUAAAAGCUCACACUAAAGAAGUUGAUGAUAUAGAUUUCAACAUAAAUGGUACAUUUGUUGCAACUAUUGCUAAAGAUAACCGAGCGUUUGUUUGGAACGUUGUUGAGGGUAAAAAGUAUAAGGAACUUUCGUGGGUUCCACUUAAUGGUGCAAAAUAUUUGUUUAAAAGACUCAGAUUUAAAAUUCCCAAUGAAAAAAAAUCUGCAACACAAUUAUAUAUGCUCUCAAAUGCAACAUCAUCUAAACUUCCCAGUUAUCUUCAAUUGUGGGAUGUUGACCAGGGUAUAAUAAUUAAAUCAGCGCCUUAUAAAGAAACAUUAUCGGCAAUUGCUGUCUCAGAUGAUGGAAAAUUUGUCGCAGUUGGUACAAUGUUCUCUGGAAGUAUUGAUAUUUAUAUUGCCUUUAGUUUACAAAAAGCUUUACAUGUUUCGGGUGCUCACAGUAUGUUUGUUACGGGUUUAGAAUUUUUGCCUAUUACAUUGGAUGGUCCAUCAAUAACGAGUAAUUCGGAAACUGCUGUUAUUAGUAUUUCUGUUGAUAACAGAAUUUGUAUUCAUAGCAUUCCUUUCAGACAUGCGUUGCCAUUUUGGUUGGUAACAUUAUUAAUUAUUUUAAGUAUCUGUGGAGCAUUUAUUUUUUGUAGUUAUAUGGGUAUAUGACCGAAAAUAUUUAUUUCAAGAUUAGCUAUUGAAUAUGCAAUGAUUGACAGAGUCUAUUUUAUUGACUAAUUUAAUUUAUUACGUACGCACCAUAGGUAAUCUAGAUACAAUUAAAUCUUUCAAGAAGUGGUAAAUCAAAUAUUAAUGUAAAAAUGGAUAUUUUAUGUUAUAAAUUAUUUGGUUAAAACGUGAUAUUUAUUGAGGAUGACUCAACAAUUUUAUUUUUGCAGGGAUACAUUAAUUUACCAGUUGUUAUAAUAUAAAAAUAAAAUUGUUAAAUAUUCUCGACAAACCUUCAUUCAAAUAUAUUUUUAUAAAUAAUUUUAAUAUAUUUUGUCAUCACAUAGAUUAAAAUAUUUGUCGACUUGUUGCGUUAGUACCAAUUUCUUUUUACUUGACUAUUAUUAGUCAUAAUAUUGCUCAUAUUUGUUGUGCUUUCAUUCGUUUGUAAUGUAUGUAUAUUUAAAUGUUUUUUAAAUCUGUCAUUGUGUGUUAUAACGAAUGUUUUUUUUUUUUUUUUUUAUUGUGAAUUGAAAAUAGUUGAACAAAUUUUAAAAGUUAAUAAUAACACAGCUUAAUGAUUCCGUUAGCGGAAUAAACAAUUUAUAAAUUUUACAAAGUACAAAUUUUUUUAAUAUAAAGUUUGAUUACUGAUUACUUGAAUAACUUUGUAUUCUUAUCAGUUGUAAUAACUGAGUUUAAAUUGUAGUUAAAAAUAUAUUAUUAAAUUAAAAAAUAAGAAAGUUUAACUGA